GAGGAAAGUAUAAAUCCGCUCCCUCAAAAAAAGAAAGAAAAAACACUCCCCAAUCGCCACCUGCACCGAAGCGGAACAAAUCUCCGGCGAGCUCGAGCCGAAGCGGCGGAGGAGGAAGGCGCCGGCGCGAGUUCGAGGGCAGAGGUGAGAUGGAUCCGGACGAGGUGAAGUCCAAACUCCAAGGCUUGGCCUUCGGCAACGUCCUUGCCGCCGCCGCCCGCGACUACAAGAAGGAAGUUAUAGCUAAAGAGAAGGCUCACGCAGCACCUGCAAUCCAUGAUGAAGUUGAUCUUGAUGAAUUAUUGGAUGACCCAGAGCUUGAGAGAUUGCAUGCGGAAAGAAUUGCUGCUAUGAAGAGAGAGGUUGAGAAGCGUGAAGUGCUUAAGAGGCAAGGUCAUGGUGAAUACAGGGAAAUAACUGAAGGAGACUUCCUAGCGGAGGUCACUCGCGGUGACAAGGUCAUCUGUCAUUUCUACCAUCGUGAAUUUUACCGCUGCAAGAUCAUGGAUAAGCAUUUGAAGGCACUUGCACCGGUCUAUUUGGGGACUAAAUUCGUCAAGCUUGAUGCUGAGAACGCUCCCUUCUUUGUGACAAAACUUGCAAUUAAAAUGUUGCCAUGUGUUAUAUUGUUCAAGAAGGGUAUUGCUGUUGAUCGGUUAGUUGGAUUUGAAGACCUUGGAGGUAAAGAUGAUUUUUCUACCAGGGCAUUGGAAAAUAUUCUGAAGAGGAAAGGUAUCAUUGAGGAAAAGAAGAAAGACGAGGACGAUGAAGAUGAUGAGACUGACAUGUCAAAAAAUAGGAGGAUUAGAUCAUCAACUGCUCGGGAUUCUGAUUCAGACUGACAUUGAGUUUUUAUGUUUUGUACUAGUCCUCAAAAGCUCUUUAUGACUGUGUGCACGUAUUGUAUCAAAACAAGAGAACUGGAUAUGCUGUGGCUGGAUGUAGAAGUGAUUUGUUAAUAGCUCCAGUUUUAUGUGAGCUGGGAUGUAUGUUUGACUAA